CCUCCUCCCGUCGUCCACAAAACGCAUCGCAUCGCCCGCCUCGUAUCACGCACACAGCCCACCACACCACCCCACGCCCGCCAUGUCCUCCUCACUCGGCAAGCUCCUCGCAACAGUGGCCGUCGUCGCGCUGUUCCAUGCCGCCUUCUCGACGUACGAGUACCUGAGCACAUUGAAAGCUCUCGGCCGACCGGCCGGUGCGUUGCCGACCUCGAUCGUCAUCGAGGCCUUUGUCGCCCUCGGUCUCUUCCUCCCCGCCGUCGCGCUUGCCACUCCCGCCCUCGAGGACGUCACGUACCGCGGCGAGCUGGCAAAGCGGUCACCAGACGACGCCGAUGCCCGUAUGGGCUUUGCCCGCCUUAGCGCGCGUGGACGUGCUCUGUUUGGUGACAGUGUCUCGUUGUAACACCUCUCACAUGUAACUUCUUUCUUCAUA